CGGCGGCCUCAGUGGAACAAGGCGGCGUGCGUGUCGUGUCGUGUCGUGUCCCAAAGAGUCGGGAGCCACGGAUAGGACUACUGAUAGAAAAAGCAGGAAGAUGGAUGGACGAUGAGGAAGAGGGGGAUUCGGUCGAAGGAAAGGACGAUGAGGGUUGGGGGGGUAGGAGGGAAAAAGAGGCGUGGUCGUGAGCGAGGACGUGGAAGGCACGGUCGAAGGUCUUCGAGGUUGAUUAGAAAAGCAGUACAGCAAGCAGCCGCCAGCACUGGAGUUCAAGGCGCGCUGGACCGACGGGCGGACCAAAACUAUGGAAGGCGCCCGCCCGGGGUGAGAGACUGCUGCCUAAUCGACUGGCCAAUGAGAGAACGUCGCCGCCAACCCAGUGGAGGCGGAGUCUGGGCUUUUCGGUCCAGGGAAGGAUCGGACCCCCUGUCAACAGCGACCCUCGAAAGGUACGUACCUCUCUCUCUGUGUCUCUCUCCCUUUCUCUCUCUCUCUCUCUCUCCCCGCUCCUUCCUCCCUUGCCAUCUUUUCCGCUGCGGGCGCCGAAAUAGAACAGAUUUUGUCUGGCAACUAAUUCCGGGCUCAGGUCGACCCGCUGUGAAGAUCACCGCAGCUCUGCAGCAAACUGCUGGAACCGCAGGGCGGUGGACGAAAGCAGACCACAUAACAUACAUCCUACGGAGAUAUUCUCAAAGGUUAUGCGAUACCCUCGCCCUUAGCAUUACACUAUACUACACCACAGCACUCGCCCGUGUCGCAGCAUUGAGCUUCAGUCCGUUUACUAAUCAGGGGUACGGAGUGGUGUAACGACAACAUGAGUAACGAGAGAGAGAGAGAGAGAGAGAGAGAGAGAGAAUGUGUAGCAGGGCUGGACGCUUUGCUUUACGACCACCUUACGACCUUGCUGACAGCGAACGACACCGACCGUAAGCACGGCGGCAAUGAAACCCGACCAAUGCCCCCCGUUCUCCGUGUCUGUUAAUUCCCACCGUCAUGGCCGUACGUUUGUGGGCCUCUCGGACUCCCUCUUGGCAUCCAUCUAACCAUCUCGCCGACCCGUAUCCGUAGUAUUACGAAUGACCUACGGAUACUCUGUACGGCUGCUUUUUCUGCUCGCAAAUCCCAAUGGGUCCGGAGCAACAGAAAGAGCCGGGGCCAGGGCUGUAGUGUACUGUACGCUACACUCCUCGGGUGCAGGGUAGA